GCGACGCGGCGGCCGCGCCGGCGCGCUGAGGGAGCGGGGUGAAAGGUCAGAGCGCGGCGGCGGGUCUGGCUGGCGGCAGCUGCGGGCGGGAGCGGAGUGUCCCGAGUGCACGUGUGGAGGAGCGGCGGCGGCGACAGACUUCCCCGCGUCUCCCCGAGCCUCAGGGCCUGGCUUGCCUUUCGCGGCCUCCUGGGCUUCUCAGCCAAGAGGCCGGCGUGUGGGGUUGAGUGGCCUGAGCUCAGGGCGCGGGCGGAGAGCUCCGGGCGACGAGGACGACGGCGUUGGCGGCGGCGGCUGGAACGACGGCCUCAGCAGACGGGGAAGAUGAAAGGUAGCCGGAUCGAGCUGGGAGAUGUGACGCCACACAAUAUUAAACAGUUGAAGAGACUGAACCAGGUCAUCUUUCCAGUCAGCUACAAUGAUAAAUUCUACAAGGAUGUGCUAGAGGUUGGCGAGCUAGCAAAACUUGCAUAUUUCAAUGAUAUAGCUGUAGGUGCAGUGUGCUGCAGGGUGGAUCAUUCACAGAAUCAAAAGAGACUUUACAUCAUGACACUAGGAUGCCUUGCACCUUACCGAAGACUAGGAAUAGGAACUAAAAUGUUAAAUCAUGUCCUAAACAUCUGUGAGAAGGAUGGCACUUUCGACAACAUCUAUCUGCAUGUCCAGAUCAGCAAUGAGUCAGCAAUUGACUUCUACAGGAAGUUUGGCUUUGAGAUUAUCGAGACAAAGAAGAACUACUAUAAGAGGAUAGAGCCUGCAGACGCGCAUGUGCUUCAGAAAAACCUCAAAGUCCCAUCUGGUCAGAAUGCAGAGACACAGAAGACAGACAACUGAACAAAUCACAAAUGAACUUUCUUGCACUUGCUUGUCGCCAAAUAAAAGAAAGACCCAUUGGUUCCCCCCCCCCUUUCUUCUGCUUUCCUCCUUUGUUAUUCCUUUUUUUUUUUUCUUUCCUCUUAAAGUUUUCAAUACUUUCAUGGACUCUUAAAAAUGAUCAUGUGUUGGAUUGUUUUAGCUCUCUUACUUUUGUGAGGUGGUUGGAUUGAAGGAGAUAGAUCUGUAUAGUUUCACAGUUAAGAUGUCCCGAAAAUUGGGUGUCAGAUGAUUUCAAAUUUUUAGCUGAAUUUUUUUUUAAAGAAAAACAAAAACCAACAUCCUGCUUUCACAUUGAAGGGCAGAGCAUACUAUACUGUUUAUUUCAAAAGACAAAACGCAGCAGCAAUACCUUGCUCUCUAAUUCAUAGACAAGCUUAGUGUAUCUGUGGUACUUUGAGUUAUACAGACUGUCUGUGGGGUGCUAAUCCCCAGCAUUGCCUUCACUCUCCCCUUAGUCCUUUGAGCACUCUCAGGAGUUGGACCAUUGUUAUCCUUGUGAGAAAAUACCAAGCUUAUUUAGCUUUUUAAAGCAAUUUUUUCUAUUUGCUGAUUGGCGGGGCAGUUUGUAUAGGUAGUAAGUGUUAAACUUUGGUCAAAGUAUUUCAGUUAAACUGCUUUUUUUUGCUGAGGAAUGGAUUUCUUGUUAGCAGGGUUUUUUGUUUUUUCCUUCUUUCCUGUUGUUAAUCUUGUUACUAGAGGCAUUAACUGGUAGAGAGUGGGCUGGUGAAAUUAACUCUUUUAAUAUCCCAGCUAGAGAUAGGGCCUUUAACUGACCUAAAGAAGAUUGUUAUAAUUGAUUUUUUUUUUCCUCUUGUUUUUCAGUAAGCCCAAUAAUAGUGUAACCUGAUAAAUGGAGUUAUGCCCUUAUAAGUCGAUACCCCUAAAUAAACCUGAAGCAAGUGUUUUCUCUUGGACG